CGAUAAUUCUCCCGCACUAGUCACACAAUCGUACAAAUAUGCAUCGUUCCUACGUUUGCCUCUUGUUUCUAUGCUUAGGUUUAGCAAACUGUUUGGAUUUACUAAAUAUCCUAACAAUACUGAACGAGGACGAGCCCGACGCCAACAGAAAUAUAACCGAAAUCAUCAGGAGUAAGGGCUAUCCUGUGGAAGAGUAUUCCGUUCGAACGAAGGACGGUUAUGUUUUGUCCGUGCAAAGAAUACCCUAUGGUUUAUCAGGCAAACAAAACACCGCCAAUCGUCCCGUAGCCUAUUUACAACACGGUCUUCUGGAAUCCGCCACCGACUGGGUCUUAAAUUUCCCUAAUCAGAGUUUGGGUUAUAUCCUGGCCGACAGCGGUUACGACGUGUGGUUGGGAAACCAGAGAGGUAACACUUACUCUAAAAAGCACGUUGAAUAUUCGACUAAAGAAGAAAGAUUUUGGAAUUUCACCAUUGACGAAUUUGCCAAAUACGAUGUACCCGAUACCAUAGAGUUUAUUCUAAAUAAAACUAAUCAGAGUCAGGUAUAUUAUAUUGGACAGUCUCAAGGCAACACUGUAGUUUACGCUCUUCUCUCCGACAGACCUGACUAUGACAAAAUCAAAGCGGUACUAUCUCUGGGACCGGUAGCCACGGUCGGUCACAUCACCAGUCCUCUUCGUUUACUUGCCCCCUUAACCAGCCCCAUAGACCUUUUAUCUAAGAAAUUAGGAUACAGAGAAUUUUUGUCGAACAGUUUUGUUAUGAAAUUAUUUGCUCAAGUCGGCUGUGGCUUUGAAAAAUUCAAUAUUUUAUGUUCCAAUGUGUAUUUUCUAAUGAAUGGAUAUAAUCCGUCUCAACUAAACAGGAGUCGCAUAGACGUCUACAUGUCUCAUUACCCCGCCGGUUCUUCUACCAAGAAUAUCGUUCAUUUCGGACAGAUGAUGAAUUCGAAAAAGCUUCAAAAAUUCGAUUACGGGCCGGAAAAAAACGUAAUAGCCUACAAUCAGCCUACACCUCCUGAGUAUAAAAUAGAAAAUAUUCGCACUCCCAUUGCGCUUUUCUGGAGUAAAAAUGACAACUUGGCCGAUCCUAAAGACGUGAGUAUACUUCGAGAGAAGAUCCAAAAUUUAGCAGCAGACUACCGAGUGGAUUCAGAAGAAUGGGGUCAUCUAGACUUCAUAAUGGCAACUGACGCAAAGAAAUAUGUUUACGACGAGCUGAUUAGAGUAAUGAAGAGUAUUUAGAAAUUCUCAUUUUCUACAUAAAGAUGUAUAUUUUGUACUGUACGUUAACGUGAAAGCAAUAAAAUUGUAUUUUGAAUUUUAA